UUUACUUAAUAUUGAUAUUUUUUUUCUAAUCAUAAAUACAUCGUUUAUAAUCUAACAAAAGUUCCUAAAGAACGAUAUUUCCUUCCUAUUUUGAUUAAACAUAAUUUAUGAUUUGAAAGGGUCAAUCAACACUUGUGCGUUCGAUCAACCCAGUUAAGAGAAGAGAUUAUAGAAAUAGAUUAUCGUCUAUCUUGCUAAUAGAUGUGAAUCUGAUUCGACGUAUCGUAUCCGGUAGAUGGCGUAUCUCUGGCAAUUGUUGGUAAGGUGGGAAAAUAUAUAAAAUUCAUACGUUUAUAGGUGGCAGCAUAGGACGAACGAUAAAAGAUAUGCAUUAUUUGACAGGUGCUUUGUCUAAAAAAUCGAUAUGAAUCUAAUAAAAAGACAAAGAAAAAGAAAAAUAAACGAUUUAUGGUAUUUGUUCUGUCAUAACAAGUCAAAAUGUCAUUAAAUCUUCGAAUCGUUCGAAAUUUAUUUGUUGUUAGAAAUUGAUGUUUCAUUAUUUUCAUAAAGGUUAACAUAAAGGUUUGAAAAGAAGGAUAUGAAGAUAAUAAAAAAUUUGAUACAACUCUGAAAAAAAAGAGGUUAUCGUUUAAUACAUAUCUGAUAUUUUCAUUAAUUCGACAUGACUAAGUUAUGAUCGGUUUCGGUGAAGUCGCUCUUAUACACCAUCAUCGUUAGAAAAAUACAAAACGAUAGACUAACGUCAAUGACAUCUAUGUGAUUGUAAUAAAAAAAAAUUUAAUACACAUUCUUUCAUAUUGCACGCAAGUUCGGUCAAGAUGCCAGAACAAAAUUCAAGCGACCAAUAUUCAACGUUGGUUGGUCUGAUAUACAUCUUCAAUCUUAUCGUUGGAACAGGAGCUUUGACUCUUCCAGCUGUUUUUAGUAGAGCAGGAUGGGCUCUUGGUUUCAGUGUUAUUUUGAUAUUAGCUUUUAUAAGCUUUAUGACAGUUACCUUUGUUAUUGAAGUAAUGGCAUCUGCCAAUGCAAUAGUUACUUGGAGGCAAAUUCAACAUCGAAAACGUGCAAUGCAAACAUUGGGUGAAUCUUGCCCUUCCAAUUCUGAUUCAGAAGAUACACCAUUAGUUACUGCUUAUACACCCAGUCCAGAUCGAUCGGAUACAACUUAUCGGUAUUACAUAAUUCAUGAUAAGAUAGAGAUGGGACAAAUAGCAUCAAUUUUUUUCAAUAAGUUUGGCACCACCUUAUUUUAUUUAUGUCUUGCUAUUUAUUUAUAUGGCGAUUUAAGUAUUUAUGGUGCGGCUGUAGCUAAAUCAAUAGCAGAUGUUGCUUGUACCUAUCAACCGAAGAACUUAACAUGUAAUGAUACUAUAGCAGAUAAUGAAGUUUGUUGGGAAGGUUCUGCUUUGGAUCGAUCGGAUGCAUAUAGAAUAUUUCUUACUAUUUUUAUUUUUAUGCUGGGACCUUUUGUAUUUGUUAAUGUACAAAAGACCAAGUAUCUUCAGUUAUUAACUUCGGCAAUGAGAUGGCUCGCAUUUACUAUCAUGAUUGUUUAUGCAGUAAGAAAACUUGUUAUCGAUGGCCCGCAAGGCAAUCCACCGCUUGCAAAUAUAUCAGGAAUUCCUAGUCUCUUCGGUGCUUGCGUAUAUUCGUUUAUGUGUCAUCAUUCUUUGCCUGCAUUGGUUGCUCCGAUUGCGAAUAAAUCUAUGCUUAAUCGGUCUCUUGCAUUGGAUUAUGUAUUAAUAGCAUCUUUUUAUCUUUUACUUGCGCUGACCGGGGCGUUCGCUUUCGAACAUCUUGAUGAUCUUUAUACUUUGGAUUUCGGGCCACGCGGAUCAGGAGAUUGUUCUAAAAGCACAAACAUCUUUAUGCUUAUAAUCGAAUAUUUUUUGGCACUUUUUCCAGUCUUCACUCUGAGCACAAGUUUUCCCAUAAUAGCUAUUACGCUCAGAAACAAUUUACAAUCUUUGUUUUUAUACGAUGAUACGUCUUAUAAUUUUUGCCUUCGAAGAUUGAUCUUCCCUAUAUUAGCAAUACUCCCGCCUUAUUUAAUUGCUAUGAGCACCAAAGAUCUCUCUAAAUUAGUUGGCAUUACAGGAUCGUAUGCAGGAACUUGCAUUCAAUAUUUAAUUCCUACUUUCUUAGUUUAUUAUGCUAGAAAAAAGACAAAUAAAAUCAUUGGUCUUGGUGUUAUCAACAAAUUUGCCAGUCCCUUUUCAAGCAAUUUCUGGCUUAUCUUUGUAACAAUAUGGGCAAUCGCGUCCAUGUUUUUAGUAUCAGUUAAUUUCAUACAAAUUUAUUUCCAAGCAGCAUGGCUAAAUCAGUAGCAUAUAAAUUUUCCGUACAGAUUGUACAUCUAUGAGAUCUAUGAGAUCAAGAUGUACAUUAAAUUAUUAAGAUUUUCGAAUAUACUGUUCGUGUGCGUGAAGAAAUGAAAAUAUGUCGUUUCUGUAUCAUGAUAUUUCAUGGCAUAAGUUCCUGAUGUAGGAACUGUACUAAAAAUUAAUGAUAAAUAACUAUUAAUUUAAGGAAGAUAUCAAUUUAUGAUGGUGUUAGAGAUGAUGGAUUAUUAUACUAAAUCAAAGCAAAUAAGGCUUAAUUUUGAUUAGUUUCAAACUAGUCAAGGAAAAGUUCUGCUUUUCUUAAUGCGGAUGAAGAAUAGUUUAUGGCACAGAGCAGGUUCGCAUGUGCUGCAAAAAAAUGACAAUACUCUGGCACAAGUCAAGAUCGACAUUGUACAAGCCAAAUUGAUAAAUGUAAAAAUUGAAAUUUUUUUCUACAAUAUAUUAAUUAACUUUAAUCGCUGUAAUCUAGGAUGUAUUCAAAUGUUGAUGUCUAUUCUAUGUAAAGAAGUCUUUCAAAUAACUGAUACUUGUUCAAUUAAAUGACAAAGAUUUAUAGUAUGGGCAGUAUUAAAAUAUGGAUAAAAUUCAGAGAGAAAGUAAUUAUUAAAUUUGUUUAACAUUCAAAGAUUCUAUUAUAACUCAUUGUAGUCUUUAUUUAUGACUCUUUCAAUAUAUACAUUUUACUUUUGCAAAUUUGUAUCAGAUAUUUCGCUGAUUGUAACAGUGUUAAAGGCCAAGAGUGAGCAAGUAAAUGGAGUUAAUUGUUAAUGUAUCAUAAUUUAAUUAUACAAUGGUGUAUUAUUAUAUAUAAGUCUUAAGAUAAUAGUACAGAAAUAUUUUUAUAUAAGUGUAAAACUGCCAAAAAAAGUACUGAUAGUAUGUUUGAAAAACUUUGUACCUGUACAAAUGUAGCGUACAAUAAACAAAAAAUGCAUAUAUAUUUUCCAAAAAGCAAUACAAACGAAAAUAAAUA